AUGAAGCAGAGUGAAGCCAUGUGGAUCAAGCUUGACGCAGACAGGCUGUACGUGAUCUGUAUCUACAUUGACAACGUGAACGUGGUAACAGGCCAAACAUCGCAAGUACAAGGCCAGCAAGAUUAUUUUAUCGUGCCGGAUCAGGCCUUCGUCAAUGGAUACAAGUCCAACAUCAAUGCGUUCACGAGACAGUUUCGCCGUCCACCGUAUGCACCGAAUUCUACACAGCAAGAUGCUCAGACCGUACGCUUCGAGGUAACCCCAUCCACGAACACUGGAAUACUGACAGGCAUCGGUAUGGGUGUUGAGGGUGAAGUACUUAACCGAACUGUAGUAACGUUACCCGGCAUGACUGUUAAGGAUUACACGAGGAAGUACGAACUUCAAUUCGAAGAUGGUGUUGAUGUCUCGGCUAGACUUACCAGUAAAGGGGAACAGGUUGACGGUAUUAGGAGCGAUCAUGUGGUGUAA